CUUUUUAAUCAAAUUUUUAUUUUGAGAUCACUGUUAAGUUUGUGUUCGGUUGUAAGAAACAGAUCCUGUGUACUCUUUACCUAUUCCUUCAUGUUGCAAAACGAGCACAAUAUCACCGCCACGGUAGACGCAGACAGUGAGGCCAUAAGACAUUUCUAUCAGCAAAAGGGCCCCUCUUGUGCCCCUUUAGAACUUUAGAACCACACCCACCCUUGCCUUCCAACUAACUAUUAAUGCUGGCAGGACUUAGCCAGACCGUAAGGGCGCGUACUCAGAACAAGGAAGAGGGUUAGGCGCUGGGAGGGCGACUGUAGGCGGACAAACAGCACCUGCGCCCGCGGUACUUCUGGACACCACAAAAGUCCGCGGAGGAGGCACCUCCGCACUUCCGCGAGCGCCGCAGGCCCUGCCCCUUUCGCCGCGGCCGACCAAUUGCCGCCCGAAGGCCGAGCGGCUUCCGCCGGCGGCCGGGAAGGGCCGGAUGUGAACGGUGUUUUUCCUUCCCGCCGCCGCCUUGUCCAAGAUGGCGGACCUCCACCGCCAGUUGCAGGAGUACCUGGCACAGGGGAAAGGGGGCGGCCCGGCGGCCGCGGAGCCGCUGCUCGCCGCGGGGAAGGCGGAGGAGCCCGGGGACGGGCCGGCGGGGGCGUGGCUGGGCCGCGCGGGCCUACCCUGGACCUGGGCGCGGAGCCCUGGGGAGUCGGCGGCGGCGGGUCCGGCGUGCCUGCCCAGCGUGACGCGAGGGCAGCGUCUGGCGGCGGGCAGCGUUUGCCUGCUGCUGGCGGCACUCUGUUUCGGCCUGGCAGCGCUCUACGCGCCGGUGCUGCUGCUGCGCGCGCGCAAGUUCGCGCUGCUUUGGUCGCUGGGCUCGGCGCUGGCGUUGGCUGGAGGCGCGCUGCUGCGGGGCGGUGCGGCGUGCGGGCGCCUGCUGCGCUGCGAAGAAGCGCCGUCCCGGCCGGCGCUGCUCUACACGGCGGCGCUGGGCGCCACGCUGUUCGCCGCGCUGGGCCUGCGCAGCACGCUGCUCACGGUGCUGGGCGCGGGCGCGCAGGUAGCGGCGCUGCUGGCAGCGCUGGUCGGGCUGCUGCCCUGGGGCGGCGGCACAGCGCUGCGCCUCGCGCUGGGUCGCCUGGGCCGCGGCGCCGGCCUCACCAAGGUGCUGCCCGUGUGAAGACCUCGACCCCGCGCCACUGGGGAAGGACGCGUAGCCAGCGCCGUCGGAGACUGCCCCUGCCGAGCCGAGGACUGCACGCCGGGGCCUGGACGCCCGCGGCGAAGACCCUGCCGCGACAGCCUGUGAGUCUAAGCCGGAGCGGCUGCUGCCAGGGGAGGCGACAGCAGCGUUGGGAGGUCCUCGAUGUCAGCGUUUUGUGCUGGACUUGGCACAUACUCUGAAAACAGAUGUUGUCAUUGAACUGGUGACAGGAUGUGAGACGGUUAUUAGAAGUUGCUUUCGAAGUAACUGUGAUCUUAGGUUCGGCUGAAAAAGGACUUUUCUUCGAA